AUGCAGAAUAUGGUUUCUUACGAACCUAAUAAAAAUGGUUCUCGUCCUUAUAGUGGCAAUCCAACAAAAUCUAUUCAGGAGGGGGUGUAUAAAGGUGCUAAACAGCACUAUGAUAGUUAUGCUGCGUAUAGGGCACCUCCUAUAGAUAAGUCAAGAGUAUCAAGAUCCUCUAAUAAAGAAGCGACUGCACGGCUGUGGGAUCAAAAACAAAAUGUGACUGCCAAUCAAAGAACGAAUUCUCCAGGAGGGAAUGGUUUCGAUCUUGAAUCACAUUUAGAUUCUUAUCAUUAUAUGCAUGAUAUGGACGCAGUCUACCCUUCGCAUUAUUCUCAUUCAGCUUCACAUCAUCCAUAUAAACAAUUUCAAAAGCCUGGUUCGAACAUAUAUAACAAUCCAGCUGCAGCAAGACCACCUCCGCAGAUUGCUGUUCAGACAGUUAAUACUUAUGAAGGACGUUCACAAUCAUUAACCUCUCGGUCACCUAGUAAGUCUGGGCGUAGAUCCCCACAACCCCCUCAUUAUAUGACACAAUAUUCAAGGACAAUAUCAAUGAAUGGUACUGUCUCAAAUCUCAUUAUUCCAUUACCAUCAUACGCUGAUGAGAAAAUUUCUCCCAGACGAUCAACUGAAAGUGUUCGUGAAAGGCCUAAACCACUAUUGACAAACCAACGUACCGAAAGAUUUCGAUCGUUUUCAUAUUCUGAUGCAUCACCAUCAUCAGCUGUUCCAGAAUCAUCUAGUUGUCCAUCAUCACCUUCUUCAAUAGCAAAGCAAUAUAUACCAAUUGUAUAUCCAGCUUUACUCUCACGGGUUGCAGAAGCGUUUCGUGUACGAGUUACUUUAUCAAAUAGGAUGAAAGACAACCUUGAGUAUAAAGAUUGUUUCGAUGGAAGAGAGGCUGUGGAUAAGAUUGCUUUUAUCAUCAAGACAACAGAUAGAAAUUUGGCACUUUUACUUGGUCGAGCCUUUGAUUCUCAAAAAUUUUUCCAUGAUGUUACAUAUGAUCAUAGGCUUCGUGAUUCUCCAAACGAACUAUAUCAAUUCCGUAAAAUGCCCUCGAUAUUAUCAUCUGAAAAUUAUGAGCUUGAAGAUAUUGUCAAUGAGGAAGAUGCGGAAAACGAUCUACCAAAUGGUGUAUUUACUUUAUUGACUGAUUGCUAUUCACCUACAUGUUCUCAAUAUAACUUAUGUUAUAGCAUUGCUUGUCCUCGGAGAUUGGAACAACACGCUAGGAAAAAUAUGAAGCCAAAUCCAGGAUUAAAAAGAUCAGUUAGUCGUGGAUCUAUCUCUGAUAAAAAGGAUCAGAAGUUAUGGAUUCAUUCGGUACCGGCCGAAAUUGCUAAAUCAGUAUCGGAGACGGAGAAAAAGCGACAAGAAGCCAUAAAUGAAGUAAUAUAUACGGAAAAAGAUUUUGUUGGUGACUUGGAAUAUCUGAGAGAUUGUUGGAUAGAUCCUCUCAUAAAACAAAAUGUUGUAUCAGAAUCUCGUAGAGAAAAAUUUGUUGAAGAAGUUUUUUACAACAUAUUGGAAGUUCAUUGUGUUAAUGUCAAAUUGGCCGACGCGUUAGAAAAGCGACAAAAUUCUUUUGCCAUUGUGGAGCAAAUUGGAGAUAUAUUUUUAGAAUAUGUUCCGUUAUUUGAUCCGUUUAUUAGGUACGGUGCCCAUCAAUUAUGGGGCAAGUAUGAAUUUGAAAAAGAAAAAAAUACCAACCGUGAUUUCGCAAAAUUUGUUGAGGAAACUGAGCGACGUCCUGAAUCUAGAAAGCUUGAACUUAAUGGAUAUUUAACCAAGCCUACAACACGUCUUGGUCGCUAUCCAUUACUUUUAGAUGCUGUUCUUAAACAAACUCCAAAAGAUCAUCCUGAUCGUAUUAAUUUGCCAAAAGUGAUUAAUAUAAUUAAGGAAUUUCUUACAAAUGUUAAUGUUGAAUCGGGAAAAUCUGAGAAUCGUUUUCAUUUACAGCAACUAAAUGAUCAAUUAAUUCCAAAAGGAAUCGAACAUAUGGAUCUUAAAUUGACAGAGGAAGGGCGUCAGCUAAUUUUCAAAGGUUCUUUAAAGAAACGUGGGGGUGGCGGGGAAUCGUCUGAUCUACAAGUGUUUUUAUUUGAUCAUGCAUUGCUCAUGGUGAAGGCCAAAACCAUGAAUAAAGUUGAGCAAUAUAAAAUUCAUCGGAAGCCAAUACCUCUCGAAUUUCUGAGUGUAUUUGCAACGGAAGGAUCAUAUGAAAAUCGUGUACAUUCAAGACGACCUCAAUCUAUUCUACCCGGAAAAACUCCAGCAGUAGUGCGCGGUAAUGACAGACAAUUUGCACUUACAUUUUGCCGACUAGGAAAGAAGGCGUUUACUAUAACGUUAUAUGCUCCUACAUAUAUCAGUCGUAAAAAAUGGAUUGAGCAUAUUGAAAGGCAGAGAGAAAUAAUUAAAGACGGGGGUAAAAUUUUUGAAAAAGAAAUUUUAUUAGAAAAAAAGACUUUUCUUGGUUCAAGUAAAGUUAACUGUGGUGCUUUUUUUGAUAAUUACCGCAAACUAGCUUUUGGAACAGAUCUUGGAAUAUAUGUGUUAGAAAUCGGCCCAAACGCAAAACCUGCAGUUUGCGUAAUUCAAUUAGAAAAAAUAUCUCAGAUUGAUAUUCUUGAAGAGUUCCGUUUAUUGUUAAUAUUAGCAGAUAAAAGUCUUUAUUCGUAUCCGCUUGAAUCACUCGAUCCCAUUAAGUCAAAAGAAGCAACGAAAAGGACAAGUAAAAUCAGCUCACAUGCUAGUUUUUUUAAGUCUGGAACUUGCCUUGGGAAAACCUUGGUUACUGUUGUAAAAACUAGUGCUUUAAAUUCAAUUAUUAAGACACUAGAGCCUAUUGAGCAAAAGAAUAAAAAUAAAAGCCCACUGAAGAUUUUGAGUGGAAGAAGUAACGACUCAUUAAAAACAUAUAAGGAAUUUUACAUUCCAACGGAAUUAACAUCUGUAAAUUUCCUUAACAAAAAAUUAUGCGUGGGAUGUUGUGCAAAAGGAUUUGAGGUGGUUGAUCUAGAAACACUUAUUACACAAAGUUUAAUUGAUCCGGAAGAUGUUUCACUUGAUUUUGUGCAAAAGAAAGAAAAUGUUAAACCAAUUGCCAUUUAUCGAAUUGCGGGACGAGACUUUUUAUUAUGCUAUGAUGAAUUUGCCUUCUAUGUUAAUAAGGUUGGAUGGCGUUCACGACCAGAUUGGUUAAUAACGUGGGAAGGAUCCCCGACUUCUUUUGCUCUUCGUUAUCCUUAUGUGCUUGCCUUUGAACCAUCUUUUAUCGAAAUUCGCCAUGUUGAAACUGGUCUUCUUGAACAGAUUAUUGAAGGACAUAAUAUGCGUUGUUUAUAUUCUGAUUCACGUGGUAAUAUUUUAGUUGUUACGACAGAUCAGACAACAGAUAGUUCCGAGGUUUUUUCAUUGAAGCUCGUUGAUGGUAGAAAAAGUUCUUUAAUUUCUGCGGCAACAAGCAUAGCCACAAGUAUUUUAGCAUAUGAUGAUUCUAAUUCAAGGCCUGUUAAUAGUAGUUGA